AUGGCAAGGAGGGCCCUGGGCCACUCUUGGGCCCCUCACCGCAUCAUGGUAUCAGCCCCCGUGUGUCCUUGCCCAGCCCCUCUCCUUGCCUCAUUGGCUGGAGCAGGGUCCCACAAGAGGAGGUGCACACGUGGUGUCUCCAGGGCCCUGGGGGAAGGGAGCGAAUGGGAGGGUGAGGUGUCAGUUCCCCAUUGGUCUGGGGCAGGCAUUCUGGAGCAGCCCCCACUGCACACACACAAAUGCACACCUGCACCCCAACCACAGCCCUUGCUCACUGAGCCGGCUCCACGGACCAUGAGGCUGUCACUGUUGCUGCUGCUACUGGGGUCCUGGGCCAUCCCAGGGGGCCUCGGCGAUAGGGCCUCACGCACAGCCACUGCCCCAGAGCUGGACGAUGAAGAGAAGUUCUCAGCUCACAUGCCUGCUCACCUGCGCUGUGAUGCCUGCAAGGCGGUGGCCUACCAGAUGUGGCAACAUCUGACAAAGGCAGAGGCCAAGCUUCACACCCUGGACUCCGGGGACCGUGGCAAGCUGAGCGAGUCGGUAUACACAGAUGCCCUGGACCAGAGCUGCUCCCACAACUGGGAGGGCUAUGGCAUUAGAGAAGUGGACCAGGUGAAACAUCUCAUGGGCCCAGGACUUAGCAAGGGGCCGGAGCCCAGCAUCAGCGUGAUGAUCAUGGGAGGGGCGUGGCCCACCAGGCUCUCCAAGACGUGCUUUCACUACCUGGGGGAGUUUGGAGAAGACCAGAUCUAUGAAGCCCACCAACAAGGUCGAGGGGCUCUGGAGGCGUUGCUGUGUGGAGGCCCCCAGGGCAUCUGCUCAGAGGAGGCACCAGUCACAAGGGCAGAGCUCUAGUCCAGCUCUUCCUUCCCCUUCCUGCUCAGACCCUAAAGAGAGCUGAGCCUCCUCUGGGUCUGCCCCCUCCUUUCUGCAGGCUGCUUGGAGGGCAGGGAGGCCUUGCUCUUCUAUGCUGCCACUCUCCUUCCCUCCUCCAGCUUCGGGGCCCUGGGACCUGGGGGUGGCCAAGGCCUUCCCCUCUGAACUCAAAUAAAAUCAGUGACCUCGA